AUGGAAAAGCCAAAACCAGAACUAAAACAUUAUUUGGAAAAAAGAAUUCUCGUUAAAAUACAUGGAAAACGAAGUAUUAUUGGUGUGUUGAGUGGUUAUGAUGAAUAUAUGAAUUUAGUUUUAGAUGAAGCAUAUGACGCAUCAAAUCCAGACACUGAUAAACAUAUUCCAAUUGGAAUGAUUAUGAUUCGAGGAAAUUCAAUACUUUCAGUAGAAACAAUUGACCCAGUACAUACAACAAAGUAA